CGCUAACCACAGUGUAACCGGCAUCUACUCUUUGAUGAUUACUACAACGUCGUCCCCUUGCGUUCUCGUCCACACCAUGCACGGGGUCGAUUACAGCGCCUACCCGCACAUUAUCGACCAGGUUCUGUCGCACGCCGAUACGCAAGGCCUCAACGCUUUUCGCUGCGCGUCACGCGCCGCCUUUGCCAAGGUCGAGGCGAUCUAUCUGCGAAGGGCGCGGCACGUUACUCCCUGCACCGGACGAGAUGGACGUGUCGUCUUCCCUAGCUGCGGCGCCCUACCCUCUCUCACCAUCGCUGAUAUGGAAGAUCUCACCUCCGGCGCCCACCCGGUCCUCCGGCGGCGAUACAGCGCAGUAAAGGUUGUGGAUCUUGGCCCGAAGUCAGACCUGGGCCCCUCUCGCUGUAGCUUGCGCCGUCUUCUGGACGGCAUACACACUGUCCGCAUCGUUGGCGACCUCAGUGGGGCGAUGCCCUUCGCACCCGCCGUUGUUGUCGUGCCCGCCGACCUCGGGCGCCCCGAGCCCUUCCGCGGUUGGCAGCUCGCCGACUCCCUCGUCGUCAACUUCACAGUGGGCGCCGGCGGCGCCCUUGCCAUUGCCUUCUUCCCACCCUCGGGAUACUACGGUCCCACCUCGCUCACGCUGCUUUUCACGCGUUGCCUCCGCUCCAAGCUACAGAGUCUACCGCAUGGAGCCCGCCUCGGCGCGCGCCUGAUGGCCGAUCUCGCACGAGUGGUGUGCGACGGGCACGCAGUGACGCUCGUGGACUGGGACAACGUCUCCGCCCUCUUCCCGCCAGCGACACGGCCUGAGGACGUCGAGCAACUGCGCACGUGGGGCGGGCAAGAUCACAAGGCGGCGAGAAGGAGUGCCUGCAUUCGCCGACUCGCGCGGUUGGCCUUUGAGCCCGGGUGCCAGAACGAGGAUGAGGGCGAGAAGAUUCGCUGCCUCACUGCCGAUGAGUAUCGCUGUGAGAUUGGGGGCCAGGCGUACGCCGACCAGACAGAGGGCCUGCACGAGAGCGUCCCCUACAUGAAGUAAGGCAGGUGCUUCGCUUGUGAUUGCCUGUCGCGGAAGGGGGUGGGUGUUGGCCAUACCGCUCUAACUCAACCCGGCAACAAUGCUGGGCGUCACCAGAGUAGGGACGGACUCGGCUUCUGAACCGCACUCUUAUCGGCAGGAAGGAAAAGGCCAUCACGCCGGACCCAGCUUGAGCGGGGGUCCAUUGAAAGCACCCAGAGUCCGAGCGUUCAACCACAUGAAGGAUGUUGGCACGCACUGGGCCAUUGUGACGACGGGCAAGGCUGCCCGCUAAGAAGACCGCUGUUGCUACCGACGCUCAUUAAACCGAUCCUGUAGCGCACAGACAACCAAGCGGUCCACUCGCGCAUCUACGACCCCUGACGAUCGACGGCGUGCACCCUUUUCAGUAUGUAGCGUGGAUGGAAUCGUGUGACCUCCAG